AUGUCAUUUCUGGACGACGAUGUAGUUGGCCUAAUUGCUAACAAGGUUUGUGAGAAAGAUGAUAGAAAGUCCUUCUCCGAGGUCUGCAAGCAAUGGUGUAGAGUAGAAGGUCUAAGCCGAUCAUCACUUGAGGUUUUCCAUAACUGGCCCGGUUUGCCCCUUGGUGCACUAACGAGAUUCCCAAAUGUAGUCGUUUUGGAAGUAAAGUACGUUAGGACUGAGGCCGACCUUGAAUUCAUAGCCCAAACUUGUCCUAGACUCGAGAGCAUUACGGUCCACUCCGAUAUCCGUAUAGAGAGUGAUGAUAUUGUUUUGGGGCCAAAAAGUCUAGUUGCUUUGGGGAAUGGGUGUCCACAAUUGUCCAGAGUUAAGCUUGUGGGGAGGGAAGCAGUAGGGGAUUCGGGAGUUGUGGCGCUUGUUCAUUCAGCACGAAACUUGAAGGCUCUGGUUUUGGCAUGUGAUUUGUGGAUCUCAGAUCAAGCCUUGAGAGCCAUUGGGUCCGCAUCUUCCAUUAGCACGUUGAAGUUGCCAGGGUCUCGCAUUAAGGAUGUGGAAUUGGGUGUUUUAGCAAAUGGGACAUCUUCCAUCAGCACUUUGGAACUGGUAAGGUGUCGCAAGAUUACGGAUGUGGGAUUGGGUUUUUUGGCAAAUGGGUCUAUCUCAAAAACCCUCAAGAAAUUGGUCCUUGAUGGCUGCAACAAAAUCACUGAUUCUGGAGUCCAGCUUUUGCGGAAAAUGUGUAGCUUGGAGCGCCUAGAUUUGUCUAACUGCGGGAGUAGAAUCACUAAUGCUGGAGGUGUGGCAAUCUCUGCAAUUCAAACCCUCAGGGAAUUGCUAUUGGUUAAUCUUCAGACCGUGUCAAACAGUACCAUAGUUGCUCUUGCAUGGAACUGCCCCAACUUGGAAAUACUUGAUUUACGGGGCUGUCAAGCUGUAACAGGAGCUGGCAUUCGUGCAUUUUCAGGUCAUAAGUGUUUGAAACGCCUUGUAUUGCUUAACUUACCCUUUCACAAUUUUAAUGAAGCUGAUUUGGAAAGCAUAGCCCUUGGAUGCCCGUCGUUGGAGUCAGAAUCUGUUCUGGUGGACAAUGUGAUUAAAGUGGUGCAUGACAACACUCGAAGAGUCGUCAAGUUCAUUAGUAUAUUCACGCCGUCCUUCAGAUUGAAUAUUGAGCAGAUGUAG